CCUGGGACCCAUCUGUGUGUUGACGCCAGACAAGGGCCAAAGGCUUGCAGUAAUUGCAGGAUUUCAUUCAGGGAGGUUACGCGCGAGGUUAAGCGCAAGGUUAAGCGCAAGGACGCUAGAUUAACAACGUACGCAAGCGCAAUGCAAAGCGCCACAGAGCCGCAGCAAAAUGACCUGGAACUCUUCCGCGCGGUGCGAUCGGAUCAAGUCCUCCGCGGGUGCGGAGAUGACCAGGAGGCGGUGGGGGCGCCCGCCCGGCGUCGUGUCCUUCGUGAGGCGGAACGACACGGACUUCUUCUGGAGUAGUAAGGACCGCGUCUGUUGGAGGGGCGACGGUCCCUGGUCGGGCUCAUCUUCUGCAUCCUCGCCGUCGCCGUUGCUGCCGGACCAGACCUUGGCCAGCUCUCUUACACCAUCCUCGGAAUUCAAUUUGGACAGGGUCUUAAAACUCACCUGCUUGCGCAUCGCGAGCCUCUGUUUUUCCUUGCCCUCAGGCGCUGUUCUGGCCACGAGCAGCGGCGAGACGCUCGCGCCGGUCGAGCGCGAGGAGCUGAGAACUACUUUGAGGGCCUGGGUCAUCAUUCUGUUCCGAGCGUUUCUCCGCGUACGCAGCUUCGCCGACGCAAGAGUUAGUCUAGCGUUCGUGACCGCUUAAGUACUCUCUCUCUCCUCCAGUGGAGUGAAUUGCCCGGCCGAGACGCGGCGCUGGGCGAUUGAUUGCGGCGCGUCGGCGGGGUUAACAGUGGCUCGUUCCGGUGUGGGAUUACCUGUUAAUCACCGGUGGCGUCGGCCAGGCGGAGCGGCGUAGCGGCGGGCCGCAGACAGAGAGCGAUGCUAAAUCAAAAUGGGCCAGUUUACGUCGUCCGCUUCAGAGCGUCGCCGCGUGGCCGCGGUUGGCCUGUUCUGAAGUUCACGUAUCGCAGAGGUGCCCGUAUGCCCAGGUCUCGCCAAGCGCCCAAUCACCCCAAUCACGCAAGCUCCCGGAGCAAGCA